UCGAAGGAGGCUGAUCAUGAGGACAUUGCAAGGGAUUUAAGAGCCGAGCUAAGAAAAUUAAAGCAAGCUUGUAAGACUUUGAGCUCAGACAAGGAUAAGGAAGUUUCAGCAUUGGGUGCAGUAAGGGAUUAUCUGUGGAACCAAUUGAGGACAAUGGACAAGGAAAACACGGUGCUCCUUAAGAUAAAAGAAGUUGAGGCAGCGCAAGCUACUGAAGCAGCAAAAAAGCUUCAGCACAAGAUAGAGGAGCUGGAAAUGGCAGCCCGAAACAAAGAUGAUGUGAUUGCACGAUUGAGAGCAGAAAACAAGGAGACUAGUAACAAGCGACCGCGACUUUAUUCCAAUAUGUGCAUUUUUGUCAAGAUCCACGAUGGCAAGACCAUCUCUCUUGAGGUCGCAGAUUCAGAUACUGUCAACAGUGUGAAGGCUAAGAUUCAAGACAAGGAGGGCAUCCCUGCAGGUCAUCUGAGACUCAUGUAUAUCAAUAAGCUCCUAGUGGGCAGCCGCACCCUAAAGGACCAGAACAUCCAGGAGGAGGACAUACUUGACAUUGUGUUCAGAGGCAUCCACAUAAUUGCCAAGAUGCGGUCUGGUAAGAGCACGACUCUUGAGGUCGAGAGCUCAGAUACAAUUUACAGUGUGAAGGCAAAGAUUUUCGAUCAGACGUGUAUGGCCCCAGCCGGGCAGCGCCUCUUCUUUGCUGACAAGUUGCUGGAGGACGGAUGUACCUUGGCUGACUACAACAUCCAAAAUGACUCUGUCCUUGGUGUUGAAUUCCUCUUCCCACUGGAGAGGCUGCGCGUCUCGGUCAAGACGCAGACUGAAAAGAGCAUCAUCGAACAUGCAUUUAUGCGCUCGGAUACGGUCGACGAUGUCAAGGCGAGGAUCUACGCCGAGUUGGGCAUUCCCCCGGAUGAGCAGUGCCUCUUGUCGUGUGGAGACCUGCUUGAGGACGGCCAGCCCCUGUUCCCAGAGAUCUGUGGUGCCGGCACCCUCCACCUGCACCUCCGACCUCCUGUUGGCCAGUAAUGUGGAUGCCAUGGUCAUCGGAGUAAUUCCUGAUAAAGAUGGCCAUCGGAGGAAUUCCUGAUAAAGAUAGGAUGUCUGUGUUUGCCAUUGGCUUAUAUGGUGACAUUACUUAGCUAGUAAUUGUCGAUUAGCGUGAAGUUAUUUUGUAAUGAUGAUAAUUCUAGGUGUAAAAUUGAUGAACAUCUGUUGUUUCUGGAUGGCACCGUAA